UAAGAUAUAUUUUUCCCUUUUUUUUUUUUAAACCUACGAAUAUAUAAAUCAUAAUGGCCAAGAAAGCAAAAGCAAGAGUCAUUCUCGUCAAGCUGCUUUCAACUGCAGGCACUGGCUAUAACUACAUUAAGAGCCGGCCGAGAAUUAGUCCCAAGCUUUCAAUGAUGAAGUUCGAUCCCGUUGUUAAGCAACACGUCUUAUUCAACGAAACGAAAAUGAAGAAAUAAUGUGCAUCACCCAUUAACCACCACUAGUACCAUUACCACAACAACACCGUCAACCAAUCAACCAUCAACAAGCUCCUAGCCAUAGAAAUUGUCCUUCUCUUUCCUGUAAAGUCUGACCCCACUCAAAAGAAAUAUUAUUUUGUCUACUGAAUGAUCCUUCAUGCGGUGUGUUUACGUAUCUGGUGUAUGAACAUUUAAAAGCAAUUCUCAGCAAAGCCGAACGAGAGAUGUGUCGACUCCAUUACCGCAAACGACAAAAGCGCUAUGUUUCGAUGGUGUAAAGAAGGUCAUCAAGGGCACAGGGCUCUAUUAUCACUAGCAUUUAUGAUUAAAAAAACGGUGACACAAAAAGUCGUUGGUCUUUUGCACUA